GAGACUUUUCAGAGUGAGAAUGGAAGGGGACGACGGACGAUAACAGGCAAAGGAAAAUAGGAGCCAUGGCCGUACGUGCAUAGCAUAACCAAGCUACUACAGUAGUAUACUCCACGAGGACUCCACAAGGUGUCAAGGCCAGAAAGAGAGAAACUACUGCUACUACUAGUAGCAGCUAGGGAGACGGAGAAGAGAGAGAAAGUGCUUGCAAGAAGAAGAGAGAGAGAGAGGGAGGGAGGGAGGGAGAAAGUGUUUGCAAGAAACGGAGAGAAUAAAGAUCUUGCUGCUCUAAAGAGAAGAGGGGAAUAAUCGGAGCUUCCUAGAUAGAGCUUAGGAACGAAGGAAGAAGAGAUGGGCCGCGGGAAGGUGGAGCUGAAGCGGAUCGAGAACAAGAUCAGCCGGCAGGUGACGUUCGCCAAGCGCCGGAACGGGCUGCUCAAGAAGGCGUACGAGCUGUCCGUGCUCUGCGACGCCGAGGUCGCCCUCAUCAUCUUCUCCAGCCGCGGCCGCCUCUUCGAGUUCUCCACCUCCUCAUGCAUGUACAAGACAUUGGAGCGAUACCGCAGCUGCAACUUCGCAUCUGAAGCAUCAUCAGCUCCAAUCGAGGCUGAACUAAGCAAUUACCAGGAGUACUUGAAGUUAAAGACAAGAAUUGAGUUCCUACAAACAACUCAGAGAAAUCUUCUUGGUGAGGACUUGGGUCCACUUAGCAUAAAGGAGCUUGAGCAACUUGAGAAUCAAAUUGAGAUCUCUCUCAAGCAUAUCAGAUCAUCAAAGAACCAGCAGAUGCUCGAUCAACUCUUUGAGCUCAAGUGUAAGGAACAACAACUGCAAGACUCUAACAAGGACUUGAGAAGGAAGAUACAAGAAAUUAGUGAGGAGAAUGUGCUGCAUCUGACCUGCCAGGACCUUGGGCCUAGUGGAUCUAAUGCGAUUCCAAAUUCCAAGAUAACUGACGCUAGCCAGGAACUCCUUCGCAUUGCUGUUUGUGAUCCUUCCCUGCAUAUAGGGUACCAAGCUUACAUCGACCACCUGAGCAAGGAAUAAGUUGUUUCAUUAGUGCGCCAGACAAAGUGUCCUCUAUAUAUUGGAUAUAAUGCUUUUGACAAAACUUCUAGCUUUGAGCUAGAAUAUAUGUACUAAACUAAGAGCUCAAUGUUUUAGACUCUCUUGAGUUCAAGAAGAAUGAUCUGAUGAUGAAUGCACUGCAUGCUAAAU